UAUAAUUCUUUUAAUUUUCCAGUUUAUGAAAUCUGCUCGUCAAAGCGAAAACAAUCAUUAUUUUAACAAUACAAUACCAAGUGCUGUAUUGCUUCUUCAAUCUGGUGAUCUUUUAAAAUUUGAUGAGAAUGGAAUGAUUUUUGUUGCUGAACCUGUUUGUAAAGUUCGGCUGCUUUGUCUUCGUCAAAAUUUAUGCUCAAAUCUAUUUCGCUUUUUAAUUCGCCGUAAACACUUGCAAUAUAGUGCUACUGUUGAACUUUUGCUUAAUGAAAUGAAAUUAAUGGUUCCAUCAAAUGUUGAAUCCCCGCCGGAUGCUCGAUGUCUUCUUUCAAUUUGCAACAGAUUUCCAGCAGUUUUUGAGCUUGUUUGUAAAGAGAGUGAAAAUUUCAAUUUUUAUCGUGCUUCUGUAGCUUUAAAUGAAUCAAUUGUCAAAAAAGAUGAAAACCUUUAUUGGCGUGUAGUGCUUGAUUGUGAAUAUGCUAAUAUUAUAAAUUUUGAGUUCAAUGAGGAAAAUAAUAAUUAUGGAUGUUCUUUUUGUGAUUGUGAAAAUUGUCAGUCUUUGACUAAAGAAAAUUAUUUUGGAGGAGAGGGAGGAGUUAGUUGUUCUGCUUAA